GUAGAGGAGGGACUUGGCAUUGUCGGUUGGAGAGAGUCCACGUUUGAAUUGCACCGGCGUGUUGGUGAUUUGAGUGUGAAGUAUUGGUGCUGGACGUAAUUGGAAUUCCAUCGUGGUAACAAUAUAUAUUGAUAUUGUAUUUAAAUAAAAUAUAAGAUCGGCAUGUCUCCCGUCGGCAAAAUGCUAAUCAGCGGGACAGGAGAGCCCGCAGGCCCGAACCGUCUACGCUGGAAUCUGAGUAAAGAGCAAAUCGAGGAGGAGGCCCAGGCCAUAAUGUGCAGGACGAGACAGGUGUACAAUCGCGUUGGCUUGGUCGACCUGGCCGAGGUGACCUACGAGAAUACGCUGAAGGAACUGGCCGACAUUGAAGUGGAAUACACAGUUCAGCGGAAUAUUCUUGACUUCCCACAACAUGUUUCUCCUUGCAAAGAAGUUCGGGCUGCGAGCACUGAGGCAGAUAAACGGUUAUCUGAAUUUGAUGUGGAGAUGAGCAUGAGAGAAGAUGUUUACCAGAGAAUUGUUGCUCUUCAGGAUAAAUGUCAAGCUGAAGAUCUACGGCCAGAAGCUAGGCGCUACAUGGAAAGACUGUUGAAAUUAGGAAAAAGAAAUGGACUCCAUUUGUGUAAAGAGAAGCAAGAGGAGAUCAAAGCUAUCAAGAAGAAAAUCAGUACUUUAUGCAUAGACUUCAGCAAGAACCUGAAUGAGAAUACCACGUUCCUGGAGUUUACACAGGAUGAACUCGGUGGUCUCCCUGAUGACUUUAUCAGUGGCUUGGAAAAAACAGAAACCGGGAUGCUAAAGGUGACCCUAAAAUAUCCACAUUAUUUUCCUUUAAUGAAGAAGUGCUACAUCCCAGAAACCAGGAGGAAGAUGGAGCAAGCCUUCAACUCCCGUUGUAUGAAGGACAACACAGAUAUCCUUAAGGAAGUGGUGGCACUUCGUAAAAAGAAAUCGGCUCUCCUGAACUUCAAGACGCACUCAGAUUUUGUGCUAGAAAUGAACAUGGCUAAGAACAGCAAGAAUGUCACUGUCUUUCUCGAUGAACUUGCAAGGAAACUAAAACCACUUGCUGAAGAGGAAAGGGCAGUUAUCUUGGACCUGAAGAAGGAAGAAUGUGCAAAGCGACAGCUAGAUUUUGAUGGUAUUAUAAAUGCCUGGGAUCUACGGUACUACAUGAACCAGGUGGAGGAGGUGAAGUAUUGUGUGGACCAGAACCUGCUGAAGGAGUAUUUUCCAAUGGAAGUGGUAACAACUGGCCUGAUGAGUAUCUAUCAGGAACUGCUCGGAUUGACCUUCAAGCUUGUUGAGAAUGAACCUGUAUGGCAUGAGGAUGUUAAAUUGUACUCUGUGAAAGACACAGCAUCUGGAGAGCUGUUGGGACAAUUCUACCUAGAUUUGUAUCCAAGGGAAGGGAAAUAUGGACAUGCUGCCUGUUUUGGACUUCAGCCAGGCUGCUUAUUACCAGAUAAUACAAGGCAAAUCACAGUGGCUGCUAUGGUUGCAAACUUCACUAAGCCAACUCCUAGUGCUCCAUCUUUACUUCAGCACGAUGAGGUUGAAACCUACUUCCAUGAGUUUGGUCAUGUGAUGCAUCAAAUCUGCUCCCAGGCUGAAUUUGCCAUGUUCAGUGGAACACAUGUUGAGCGAGAUUUUGUGGAGGCUCCCUCUCAGAUGUUGGAGAACUGGGUUUGGGAAAAGGAGCCCUUACUCCGGAUGUCUAGGCACUACAAGAAUGGGAGUAUAAUCCCACAAGCUCUUCUGGACAAGCUCAUUAAAUCCAGACUAGCUAACGCUGGCCUCUUCAACUUAAGACAAAUAAUUUUGGCAAAAGUUGAUCAGUCACUGCACACAAGCUCCAAUACAGAAAUUGAUGCCAAGGAAGAGUAUGCCAGAUUAUGUAAAGAGAUACUGUGUGUUCCAGCAUCACCAGAAACUAAUAUGCCAGCCACAUUUGGACACCUAGUUGGGGGAUACGAUGCCCAGUAUUACGGUUACCUCUGGAGUGAGGUCUACUCAAUGGAUAUGUUCUACACCCGAUUUCGACAGGAAGGCAUCAUGAGCUCAAAAGUUGGAAUAGAUUAUCGGAAUUGUAUUCUUAAACCGGGUGGUUCAAUGGAUGCUGAGGACAUGCUGAGAUGUUUUUUGGGCCGUGAGCCUAAACAAGAAGCUUUUCUUCUGAGCAAAGGGCUGAGAGUAGAUAUAGAGAAACAGUCUGCACCUUCAGCCUGUUGAGAUUGUCUCACUGUACAUCAUGUACAUCUUCCACCAUGGCACAGUAGAUGAACUGCUCUCCAGAUGGAUUUUUUUUCAUAUAUGUGUUGUUCAACUGCAACCUGCUAAUGGGUUAACCAGAAUUUGCUGAGUUCUAGCAAAACCCUUCUAAUGAAACAAGAUAUUUUAAAACUUGUGAGGGAAAAAAAAUUCAAUUGUAAUCGCUCCAUAGAGAAAGGAGAACCAAACACGAGCCCUUUUCUCAUAAAUGAACUCCUCACCGCAAUCUCUUCUUGUUUACCUAGAAAGAGUAAAAUUGUCUGAAGCUGUUGCUCUAGAUCAGUGACACUAGUUCAAUUAUGUGAGGGUAUUUCCCAAAAAGUUAGACUAAUCUUAGAUGGAUUGAGCUGCAGAGUAAUAGGGUAGUUUGCCAUUUUUCACUACCUAACACAUGAUGUGUACCCAGUUCAAAACUUCAGGAAUCAAUUGCCACCUUCUAGAGAAGAUGUUAAUAAUUUUCGUCAUUCAAAAAGAAAACAAAUCAAUUAUGUGAUUUGAUCAGAGUAUAAAUCUUAUUACAAUAGAGAGGAAAUGUUGAUGGCAAUGUGCUUUUUUUUUUUGCACAAAAUAUAUCUGGUGAUUGUCUACAGUAAUUGGCACAAAAAUCAGGAAAUUUUUCUAUUUGAGCUUAGUUGAGCUCAACCAAUGUGACUUUAGUGGGUUUUCUCAUUUGAUUUAAGGAAAGAUGGAGAGAUGUGGGGGCGCCCUUGCUCUCCAAAGUUGUCCAACAACCUUAUUUGAAGAUUUGUUCCAUGAGUGAUGAGAGAAGUACGUCUGCCAUAUGUGGAAUUUUACCUGAGGAUAACAAAAGUAGAACAUUAAAGGAUGAAUAUAAUAUUGUUUUAUGGUGCAUUAGAUUCUUUUUCACUUUGGUCCCAGUGUAUCUGGUGCUGGAAUAC